CUCCUUCCCCCCUCUUUACACAACUUUAUUCGCCUUAAUAAGUAAGGUGCACCUAGGCAUAACAGUGGUUCAAUACGGGACUGGAAUAGCUCUGCUUGUGGACUGGAUUUAUUGCUCUGUGUUCUGUGCUGUGGCGGGUACAGGGACUAACCAAGAGAGUUAGAAUUGAUGCUACACUCUAACAAGGUCGGGCUACAAAGGUCAAUCAUGACGUCACUAAGUGACCCUGCACGUGAGUGGUCAGCGACAUGUCGGCGGUUGACCCCCACUCGUCACGACCCCCAAACCCCAGUCAACCCCCAUAUUAUGUGAACUCUAGCCUUCUCAGUCCCACAACAUACACCCCUACUAGCUCUACCAACUCCAACAACCUCACUACAUACACCCCUACCCACUCUACCAGCACCCCCACCCCUACAACAUACACCUCCACCACUCCCUCCUCUGCAGCAUACAACCCCACACACACCACCAGCGCCCCCACCCCUACAUCACACACCUCCUCUAACACCACCUACUCCCUCAGCCCCGCCUCCUAUUCUAAGACAUACUCCACCACCCCAUACCUCUACCCUCCCCCUCACGCUCCUUACUCCAGGGGUCGUCGGGAGGACAGUACAACCGAUGACGAAGACGACGGUGAAGAGGAUUACUCCUCCUCCCUCGUAACUCCCCCUAUGUCCUCCCCUCUCAUCAAACAUCGAGAGGCCGAUGAGAAAAGAGUAAGACGGAGAAUGGACAGAGGAGAGGAAACGAUGAAAGAGGGGGAAAGCGAGGAGAGGACGGGAUUUGAAGAUAAAGAAGGUUUACUCUCAAUCCCAGUGAGAGAUGGGGGUGGGGAGGGUAGGCCCAGCAUGGACCCCCCGAGCUACCAAACAAUCAUGGACGCCCAAAGUAACACGUGCCCGCUCACCGACUCGGCCGUGCACAGCGCGCACAGCGAGGGAGCGGCAACAAUCACCGCCACCCUUGCCUCGCCAAGAUUACAACGGUCCGACUCAGUCAAAUUCUGCCGUGCGUCAAACGGCAAUGCUCAGCGUAGCGGGCACGGCAACUCAUUCGCCGGUAUGGCUGGAUCGAAUCCAGCGGCCGGCGUCACCCGGCCAGCUCGCCGCGUACCCAGCCUCAAGCUCAAGCGGCUUCACGUGCAGGCUUCCAGAGGAGGCAUCGGGGGCGGAGGUGGGGGAGAGAGACAGCUACUGACUGACACAGGUGAUGGGCCCGUCAGCACAGGUAACCUCGUCCCGCCCCCCACCCUACUGCACAGCGGUCACGUGAAUCCCUCCAUCACUAUCACUCUCGAUUCCGACUCGGAUUCCGUGUACAGCGAUUACCUCAGCCCGGAAAUCAACUACAAGAACCACGAGAACAAGGUGCAGUUCCUAGGGGACGAGACCAGCCUCUAUGGGACUCCGAAAGAAGAACUGCCGGCGGAGAAAGACACGGCGUCUAUUGACGCUCUAACCAAAAACACCAGUGCGAAAUCGUAUCUGAAAGAACAAAUCAUGAAUUUCUUUCAGCCUUCCGAUAACAAGCUUGCCAUGAAGCUGUUCGGGAACAAAACCGCCCUGAUCAAGGAGAAGAUGCGACACAAGCGGGUGGGGAACUGGGUCAUUCACCCGUGCAGCAACUUCAGGUUCUACUGGGACCUGUUUAUGCUGGUACUGCUGAUAGCCAACCUCAUCGUGUUGCCAGUGGCCAUCUCGUUCUUCAAGGACGACCUGACCCCACAGUGGAUCGUCUUCAACUGUAUCUCAGACACUGUCUUCUUCCUCGAUAUCAUCAUCAACUUCAGAACAGGGAUAAUCUUGAACGACUAUGCCGAUGAAAUUAUCCUGGAUCCAAAAAGGAUAGCCAAGCACUACCUGAAGACCUGGUUCUUCCUGGAUCUCAUCAGCUCCAUCCCCAUGGAUUACAUCUUCCUGAUGUGGGACUCGGAAGCGGACUUUACCAACCUUUUCCAUGCAGGUAUACGACAAGACUCCAGCAGCUAUUGGCAAGGGCGUGCCCUGAGAAUCUUACGUCUGGCCAAGCUGCUGAGUUUGUUACGUCUGCUGAGGUUGUCCAGGCUGGUCAGAUACGUGCAGCAGUGGGAAGAGUUUCUAGCUCUAGCAGGCAAGUUUAUGAGAAUCUUCAACCAUAUAUGCCUCAUGUUGCUCAUCGGUCACUGGAACGGUUGCCUCCAGUUUCUUGUGCCUCUCAUCCAAGACUUUCCCACCGAUUGCUGGGUCUCGACUGAAGGGUUGAAGAAGGCCCACUGGGCUGAGCAGUACACGUUCGCGCUGUUCAAGGCCCUGUCCCACAUGCUGUGUAUCGGCUACGGUCGGUUCCCGCCCCAGAACAUGACGGACACCUGGCUGACCAUCCUGAGCAUGCUGAGUGGCGCCACCUGCUACGCCCUCUUCCUGGCCCACACCACGGCCCUCAUCCACUCCUUCGACACGUCCAGGCGCCAGUACAAUGAGAAGUUCAAACAAGUGGAGGAGUACAUGGUGUACCGGAAACUGCCGAGAAGUCUCCGGCAAAGAAUCACCGAUUACUACGAGCAUCGAUACCAGGGAAAGAUGUUUGACGAGGAGACGAUUCUCUCCGAGCUGAACGAAUGCCUAAAACAUGAAGUGGUCAACCACAACUGUCGGGCUUUGGUCGCCUCCGUACCUUUCUUCACUAAUGCCGACCCGGCUUUUGUGUCGGAAGUCGUCAGCAAGCUCAAGUUUGAGGUGUAUCAACCCGCGGAUUACAUCAUCAGAGAGGGCACCAUGGGCACCAAGAUGUAUUUCAUCCAGGAGGGUGUGGUGGACAUUAUAACAGCGGACGGGGAGGUGGCGACUAGCCUGUCGGACGGGUCGUACUUUGGGGAGAUCUGUCUGCUGACCAACGCCCGCCGUGUGGCCAGUGUCCGGGCUGAGACGUACGCCUGUCUCUACUCGCUGGCCGUGGAACACUUCAACGGUGUCCUUGACCGCUACCCCGUCAUGCGCAGGACGAUGGAGAGCGUGGCGGCCGAGAGACUGACCAAGAUCGGCAAGAACCCCAGCAUCGUGAGCAGCCGAGCGGACCUCGAGGAAGACCAGAAGUUGGUCAACGAGAUCGUCAUGGAGUCCACGCCUAUCCCCACCAGCGCCAGCGAGGAUGAAGAUCAGAACUCUGACGAUAGUUCAGACGGUAGCAAACACAAAAAGAAAUCCUCAUUCAAGUUUGAUUUUUCUUCAAAACUUCAUAAAAUUUCGGAAGAGCGUAAAAACAAAGCCAAGGAGCAAUCAGCGCAGAAAGAAAAAGACUUGUUGGACUUUGAGGAGAGCAAACCACACAGCGGACACACAUGGACUAAACUACCUAAAGUUUAUUCCGGGUCUAAUUUGUUCGGGCUCAAAGUCCCGUCGUUACCGGAGAGGAAGAGAUCGGGGAGUGUGGGUGACGCCUUUGGUUUGGCCAGCACACGGCUGACGCAAAGUCUGGACGAAACGGAAGAAGAAGGUCUGCAUGAACUAGCAGACGAGAAACGACGCGGGAGUUUCUUAGGGGGUCGUCUGAAAGGAUUCGAACUCAAAGAUCUAAAACCCAAACACAAAUCACCGCUGUUGGGUGACCGGAAGACCCCCCACUCGGCCGAGAGUGGUUUUCUGGGCGCCUCAGCAGAAGAGAGCGCCAGUUUACUAACACCGUGCGAGCCGAAAGACAUUAAAGAUUCUGUAGUGAGCGUGGGAGAAGGUAGGACUACGUCUGAAGCCACGCCGAAAAGUCCGUUAAAAAAAGCUGGCGCAGGCUCGGAUAGUUCGUUCUGCGGACUGAAAUCCCUCAAGUCGUCCCUCAAAUCCACCACGAGUUUACCCAUCACCGGCGAGCCGGCUUUGAUUGCUGGGGUCGAGUGCUCGGAAGUGGGCGGUGCCGCUCGCAAGGUGGAAUCAUCUGGAGAAGCAGGCGAGGGCAAGCCCAAAGACAGCAAGCCAAAGGAACAAAAAGUUGUAUUUUUCACCGACCCUAUCGUACACGCCUACAGUAAAAGCUCUAGUAGUUGACACAGAAACAGACUGACGCGGACCUUUCCAGAACUUAGAUUUACAGCGUUUACACAGGUAUAAAGCAGCCACGUCUUGCAAUAUCGGCCUUACAGGUGAUGUGCCAAUCGAAUCCAAGACAUCCUGGCAGUAAAGACGAGUUAGGAAUUCAGUUGGUUAAUGUUUCGGAUUUUGUUAAGGAUAAACAAACUUGGGGAGUGGUUCCUCAAAGUGUCCAUGUUCCCAAUUCGAUCUUUUGAAGUGCAAUGUGGGAAACCAAAGGUUUCGUUUGUUACAGGAAAAUGAUUCAAAAUAGCAAGAGUAUUUGUCGUGAAAAUCAAAUUCCCGAAAUGUGCAAUACUUCAAAAAAAAAAAAUUCUAUCUUACACAAUGUGGAAUAUGGAAACGGAAAAAAAUAAAAUUCUAAAAUUGUGCAAUAUUUUAAAUUAGCAAAUUUUAUUCAUAAACUGUGCAAUAUUUUCAAUUGGCAAAUUGUAUUCCUAAACUGUGCAAUAUUUUCAAUUGGCAAUUUUUAUUCCUAAACUGUGCAAUAAUUAGAAGACUAGAUAAAUCUUAUUCUCAAACUGUACAAUUAGAAGAUUAGAAAAAAAAACUGUGUGUCUAGAAAAAGAGAACUUUCUUUGUUAAAACUGUAGACGAAAAAAAACCUUAGAAUGUGUAGCGUUGCCAUGACACCGAUGUUGCUUGUUCAGUCCUCAACCACCUCCUAGUGUACAGCCUAUUAAUUCCUAGCACAGGUCAAUGUCAAGGUCACCUAUGCAUCUGUGAUGCGGCACUGCCAUCAGAGGCCUAUCCUAAUGUAUCGAUCCUCAAGCAAAUUAUUUUUUUUAGAAAUUCCAAACUUUUUCUCCAAACUCCAAUCUGCCUUGUUGAAUUUUUGUCAAUUUUUCAGAAUUAAAAUUUAAUUUUUGCCACUAACUCUCAAAUUGAAAUCAAAUUAUGAAAAAAAAACGUUUUUGAGAUUUUUCGAUAUUCAUUUAAAACAAUCUUAUUACCUUUAAAAUGCUUAUAUAAGUAGAUGACUGAAUUCUAGGUAUAUUUAAGCAGGUAAAUCCCAUACAUUGGAUCUACGGGUGAUACAGUUUGGUAAGUCUCAGAUGGGCGCCGGCAUACAUGUUCAUUAUUGUAUGACUCAGUUGAUUUCAUUACAUGAAUUGACAUUUCUACACCCUGUACUGUUCAUUUCUCACGCAUUCAUUCUUUUAUUUUGUUACCAAUGAUAGACAUAGUGGUUAACUUUUCACAUGAAAACUUUGUACGGUAAACUCUCGAAAAAUUGGCACCUAUCUUGCAACAGUCAAUUUUAAGAAUAAACUGUUAUUAUUUUAUAAAUGAUGUCCAUGAUAGACACUUUAUAUAUAUAUAUAU